CUUACAACCACUUGCUGGGUUGUGUUUUGAAGUGGGACACAAAUAGGUUUGGUAGGCUGACAUGGCUUUCAGAGCUAACCCUGAGCAGGAGUCCCAUAGCUGUAGAGUAGUCCUUCCUAAACCUGAGAACAAAACAGAGGAGGAUGGAUCUGCUAUCCUUUCUGAAGCCUCAGAGCCUUACCCAGUCCCUGAUACUACCCUACAGGUCAAAGGAGAGAGCUUUUAUGUCAGCCGACACCAUCUGGCCCUCCAAAGUCCUUACUUCAGGGCUCUGUUUUUUGGCUGCGGUGUGGAGAGCAACAGAAAACAGGUUGAGAUCAAAGGGGUGGAUCUGCAGCACUUCAAGGUCUUGAUGGAAUACAGCAAGACUCACAGACUGGCUUUGAACAGAGACAAUGUUCUUGGUAUUCUGGAGACUGCAGACUUUUUACAGCUGGAGAGACCCAGACUGCUGUGCUGUAAGUUCCUCGAGCGUGAGCUGCACCUCAGUAACUGCUUAGGAAUGAUGGCCUAUGCAUGGCAGCUGGGCUGUACUCAGCUGUACAAUACAGCACGGCAGGUGGCACUCACACACUUCUCUGCUGUUUUAGACCAGGAAGAUUUCCUGUGUCUUUCCAAAGAGAGGGUGGCAGGCCUUCUUGCCAGCGAUGACCUGGCCAUCUUCAAAGAUGAUCUGGCCCUGGAGGCCAUCCUACGCUGGGUGUUGUCUGACCCAGAUCGAGAAGAACAUUUUCUUGAGCUCGUUGAGUUGGUGAGGCCUGAGUCUCUCUCUUUAACAUUUCUCACUAAACUUUUGACCACGAUGAAAAGCUCUGACCCCAGAGCCAGGCUCAUCAGCAAGCUUAAUAAUCAUUUUCCAGCCUCUUGGGCUAUUGGAAGGUCGAUGAGAAGAACCAAAGCCAGAGAGACUUUGUAUGUCCUGGGUGGACCUCAUGAUAAGGAAAAACAGGCACUGCAUCAGUUUCACCCUCAGAGCGGUAGAUGGCAGAGCUGCUCGCCUCUGAAGAGAAAGAACCUGACUGAGUACUCUGUGGCAGCAUUGGGCAACAAUGUGGUUGUGACGGGCGGCUACUUCAGGGAUGUGCUGUGGUUCAGUGUGGACUGGGUCAAGAUAUACGACUGUGAAAAUGAGCGCUGGCUGGAUGGCCCUGCCAUGCAGAAGUCCAGACACAGUCACUGCUCCAUCGGGCUGGAUUCAACUCUGUACGUCCUGGGUGGGAGUAUGGACGAAGGGCUUGUGGCUGAUGUAGAGAGGUUAAUCCUGGGGUCAGAGGAGGGGUGGGAGGGGUUGAGCCCCAUGGCCAGAGCAGUGGAGAGGGCUGCCACUGCUGCUCUGGGAAUGUGUAUUUAUGUUGCAUGUGGUCUAGAUGAAAAUGGAGAUGUCUAUGCAGGAAUUCAGAGAUACAUGGUGAAGGAGGAUCAGUGGGAUGUGGUCUCUUAUUCUCCAUUUCCACGGUAUGACCUGGUUGCCACUGAGCUCAAUGGUGCCCUCUACCUAUUUGGAGGCCAAUCACUGCGCUUUGAUGUAGAGACUGAUGAAUGGACGGUGCUUAAUGAGGAAUGUUUGGACGGAAAGUUUUUUUGUGGUUGCACCAACAUCAGUGGCCAGAUCUACCUGGUCAGUGAGAGGAAAAGUAACAAAGCAUUCCCAAACAUGGUGCUAUUGGACCCAUACAUAGAUACCUGCAUUCAGACAGACGAUGCCAUUCCCUGUCCAAUGCCCCUUAGAGGAUGUGUCACCAUUAGGAUGGUCACAUAAUUUGACCAUGCAAUGAAGUUUUUUCCCUUCCCUUAAACUAAACCCAAAGUACCUUAAAUGGAUGUGUCUCUGCCAAAACGUGCAGCUUAGAUUUUCAUCUGAUAGCCCCAAAAAAAACAGCUAAAAAAUGUGAAAGAGAAAUUAUAUAUGAUUUCAAAGCUUGUUAAAUCUGAAGAAACUGGAAAACUUUUUUAUUUUAUUUAGCUCAGUGAAUUUAAUCUAGGAAAAUGACUGUUUUUUUUAUUUAUUUAUAACCACAUCAAUAAAUAAAAAGCUGAUUUCACAGCUAAAUUGUUAAAUAUGGAUCAUUUAUUUAUUAAGCUUUUCAACAAGUCACACAGUGAAUAACAUAUCCAUGUGCACAACAGAACAGUCAACUGUAACAGCUUUAUAAAGGUAUUAAAACAAUAAUUUAAUGUCUAAUAGGAUCUAAACAUAUGUAUGUCAUUAAAUAAAUCAGCCCUUUUUAUUUGAACCCCUCCUGAUAUUUACACUCCAUUUAAAACCUGUAUAUACAGUAGCAAGAAAGAUGUGCUGUCGGCACAGUGAAGGCAAUCUUCAGAGAGCUUGUCUGCAGCAGAGGGGACACUGGCCUGCAUAACUUAUUGGAUAAAAUAAUGCUUUGUUCUUUCAAUCAGCAACUAUUAUCAAAUAUGCCACACAUAAUAAAAAAAUUCACCUUUUUUUCGCAUAAAAAUGCAUCUGUGAUGCAAUUUUUAUACCGUACUCCAGACAUAUUGACCAGUAGUAUCACUCACAUUAGCAUUUUUCUCACAUGUUUGCCCAGUAAAAGUAAAGGAUUUAGGAUAAAGUGUUGAUUCACAAAUUUAGCACACAUUUCUGGUUUCUUAAGCUAAAGGAACAUUAACUUAUAGGAUAAAAAAAACAUGCCAGUAGCUCAAAAUGGAACAGCAAAACCAAACGUUGGUUCUUACUACGUUGGAAAACAAAUAAAUACGAGUAUCAGUCAAGUAAACAUCUAUAGAAGCAGUACAAUUUUUGUGAAGUAUCAUACAGUCAGAAAAAAAGCCCUACUAUAAAGAAGUAUGUGUUCUUUUUUGGACACCAGGGGGCGCACUAUGUCUGCCCAACAAAUAGAAACAUGGAAGUAACUCAAAGGUUAAUAAUUAACUAAUAAUUAAUUUCAGAACUGCUAUGGACCUUAGGUGGUUUAUAAACAUCAUGAUAUGAUCAUUGUUUUAUAUCAAGUAUGUACAAUAAGAUAUGAGUUAAUGUGUGAAAUAAAAUGUAUGUAUUUAUUUUGUUUUAAUAUAUACAGCCAUGGCAAAAAAAAGACCACUUUUGGUU